AGGAUGACAAAACGGUGGCCAGCAUUCGUGUCCUUUCCGUUUGGCUCGCUGAGGAAGGAUCACUAGAAAAAGAAGUUGUAACAGUGAUCCCUUUUUUAAUUGAUAUGUGUCACCGCUGUCAUUCAGAAGUGAACCUUAUUCGAAUGUUGACACCUGCUUUCCUGAACUUGACAUCGCAAGAUCAACCACGUUCGACUUUCUCUUCUCACGGAGGACAUCAGUUGAUGGUUAAUUAUUUAAUUGAGUUUUGGCAGCAUAUAGAAAAUAAGAAUGAAAUAACAAACGCAAUGGUUGAUAACUUAUUGGGCCCGUUUCAAGUUCUACUGAACAUUAUGGUCUCGGAGAAAGAGGACUUUGUUGUCAAGAAUGAAGAAGAGCUCCUAUCAGUAAUCAAUACUGGACACCAAAUCUUAAGAAUUCUCGGUCCUAAACUAAAAUCCGAGGGUUACCCUUCCUCGCAGAGAAACCAAUCAAUACUUUUAGCAAAUACUUUGUUGUUGUGCCUCCUUAUUAUAUCCAGAAUAUCACGAUCUUCUGACUUAAUUGAAAAAGAAAUUCUCAUUGGUAUCAAAAAUACAGCUACAACUUACUAUGAGGACCAAAAUGAUUUGACAUUGCAAGAUGACUCCCAAGAACAAAUAAAAGAGGUGAUAUUUUUAGGUCAACAAGUUUUGAAUUCCACCUUACACCAUGUGUAA